AUGCCUAAGCAGAAGCGAUCCGCCGAAGACAACGGCGACAAGCAGCGGAAGAAGGCUCUCAAGAAGAUCCGCGCGGAUUGUUCUGAAUACGCUGCCAAGGCCACCUCCGCGGCAAUCGACAACGCAUUCAAGAAUCGAAAGAAGUACUCUUGGAUGACGGGGGGAGCCGCCACCACCACCACCACCACUACCACCGCCAGCAGCAGCAGCACUACCACCACUGCUACCACCACCGCUGUUGCUGCUGCCGCGCAAGCUCCUGCGCCGGAGGGUACUUCCAACGAGUGCCCGAUCGACCUCUCACGCUCUCGAGAGGCAACCCCUGCCCGCGUCCCCGUCGCCAUCAACGACGGACAGGAAGAGGGCACCCUCCCCCCACCAACACAACAGCUUCAGGCGGAGGCAACCACCACCGAAGCUACCGCGACCCCUGCGCCGAAACCGCCCAGAAAGAAGAGGGCGCCCAGGGCGCCCAGGAAGAAGCGGGUGGAGGAGCCGGCGGAGAAGCCGGCGGAGCAGCCUGCGGAGGUGGUGCCAGCGGAAGAGCCUGUGGAUCAGGCUCGGGUUUUUGAAGAGCUCAAGCAGGCUAUAGAAAGCAUGUUCGAGUGCUUGUAA